CUUUAAGAGUGGCAGAGGGAGAUAUCACAAAAACAUGGUAAAGCUUUAAGAAUCUACAUGGGGUCUUUAACAGUAGCAGAGGAAGAUAUCACACCUGUAGGCGCAUUUAAGCAGUAAUCUUUCACACACAACAGUAUAAGUAGAGAGUAUAGCACCGGAAUCACAUGUAUCGCAUAACCACUGUAGGAUAUUACUCCAGAACAAUCAAAAGGAAUUAUUCCUGAUUCAUAAAUUAACACUUUUGGACAUGUGAUAAAUGAUCCACACAGCUCCAGCUUUGUGUUUUGGUUAAUGAGUUAAUAAGCUUGAUCCUGGAACCUGGUGCCAGAGCAUUAAGAGGAUAUGAAGCUACAACAUAAUUAAAGUCUUAAACUAUUGACUCAUUAGCAGAGACUGGAAAUUCAUCAGCGUUGGAACAGUAUCUUAAUUUUAGUCGCUGUUGGAUAAAUUUUGUACACUAUCAUUGGUGAUUGGAAUAUUGGAUUGGAUUACACACACAUUUUAAUUUUGUGAAAGGUAUGUGGGGUUAAAGAGGCAGGAUGAGACAGCCCAACCCCAGUCUGCUACAUUUACUAGUCAUCAUACUGCCCACUGUCGUCACAAGCAUCAAUAUCAUUGACCGCAGAGAGGACAAUGAAAUCAACUUCAACUAUGACAUAGAUUCAGGCUGUAGAGAUGGUACAACAGAAGGCUUCUCCGACCACCCUAGAAUAGCAGCUUGUGCAGGGGACUGGAAGGGGCACAUCAGCAACAGUAGUGCCAUCUGUGCCCCUGGUUGGCGAGUCUGUGGAUGGUAUGACGAGUAUGUAUUGAAGACAAUAAAGUGGCGAGAAGCUGUGACAGUGGCGGGAUGUUUCGCCUUCAAUGCUGCACAGGAUAGAGGCAGGUGUCAGGAAUGCACUAAUAACCUUGAGCAGGAUGACUUGGCUGCUGUGGGGAGGGGGUGCCCCCAUCAGACUCUUGGCCAGCAGUCCUGUAUAUCUGGGGGCAAAAUAGAUGCCUCCUGCUGCGUGGACUCCAGGUUGAACAGGGCAUGUCAGUACAGGCCAGGGGUGACUGGAAUCCUCUGUUGUAAAAUACCAGGUAUUGCCCCUCAGAUCAUUGUCCCACCAGAGCCAAGAGAGCACUUUGUUAUGGGACUCUCUUAUACUCUCACCUGCCAGGUGUCUGGUAUGCCACCCCCUCGUAUCACCUGGUGGAAGUCAAACAUGCAACUUCCUGGCAAUAAUACGAGGAUUGUCAAACUUAGCUCAGGAAACUUACUUAUCGUAGAGGUCCAGAAGUCAGAUAUUGGGACCUACACAUGUAUUGCCAAAAACACCGAGGGGAUAGUGAAAGCCUCAAGUAAAGUCUAUGUCACACAGCACAAGUCAGGCUGUGCUGAUGGAACCACUGAGGGUCUACAUGAAAACAGGGACAUUCAGGCCUGUUCUGGUGUCUGGUACGGUCACGUGAAGAGAGCCAAGCAUCUCUGUGCCCCAGGAUGGCUUGUCUGCAGUCCGAGGUAUUCACACCUCCUUGAACAGAUCACUUGGGCUGACACCACCAAUAUUGAGGGCUGCUAUGCUUAUAAUGCAGAAAACUCUUAUAAUAAGUGUAAUAAAAGGUGCCAUAGGUACAACAUGGCGGGUGUAGGUAGUUCUUGUGCCCGCCACAAGCGCCACCAGACGUCAUGUAUUGCAGAGGGACGCGUAGAUGUAUAUAGAGGGCGCUUCUUCUCAGGCUGUUCCUACAGAGCAGGAGCCACAACAGGAGUCAUGUGCUGCCACAAGUCAUCAAGACAUAAAAAAGUAACUACUAUACCUCGAACGAAAAAGAAGAAGCACCAACACAGUAAAUUAUUGAAUUUCUUCAACACGUGUAGUCCCAGCUGUCAAAAUGGUGCUCAUUGCUUAUCUUACAAUAGAUGUCAGUGUGAGCAUGGCUACAAGGGACAUCGCUGUCAAUUACCAAUUUGCCAGCCUGGCUGUGGCCCAAAUGCUAAGUGUGUCAAGCCAGGGGAAUGUCAGUGUAAUGAAGGCUAUAAUGGGCCAAAGUGCAAACGAGAGAGACAUCUGACGUGUAAGCUGCCAUGCUACAAUGGAGGUAGAUGUCUGGAUGGGGAGUGUCAAUGUCCAACUUCCCAUUGGGGACCUUCUUGUGAACGAUUGGUCACCUGGAGGCCUUUAACAGAGCAGAAUCGCACAGAACGAUAAACUAAUAUGUACAUUAUGACAUAGUGAACCUCACCAUACAAUGUUGAACAGUGAACACAUGUCUAUUAUGUAAACCUCAGAUAUAUGGUUUACAGUGCACUUAGUGAACCAGCAGCAGGACUAGCCAGGCACAGGACAUAGUGAUAUGACUGACCACUAGAUGGUGCUGUGUAAUGCAGUGUACACCAGAGGGCGCUGUAUAAAAAGUGCACACCAGAGGGUGCUGUUUAAAACAGUGUACACUAGAGAAUUCUGUGUUGAGCCGAGUACAUUAGAGAAGCCAUGAAGUUAUUUGUAUAUGUGUACAGUGGAUGUGUAUAUAAGAAGAGGCCAGAGAUUUAAAUCUGUUUAUUAAUGUUUGUAAAUGCCAAUACACUGAAGAUGUAGUUCAUGUGUGUAGAUAAAUAACUCACAAAAUGUGAGUACAUUACUAAAUGUGAGUACAUUGUUUAUUGGAAAGGUCUUCACAUUUGAAUUUGUACUCUCUUGCCACCAAAGCUUAAACAUAAUGAACUAAAGUUGCAUAUACUGCCAACCAGAAGUGAUUGUAUAUUCAUAUAGAUAAUGAACUUAAGUUAAUAUUUUGAGCUAAAGUUGUACAUACAUGUACUGUCAACCCAGAAGUGAUCGUUUAUUCUGAAACAUAAUGAGCUAAAGUUACCUAUACUGCCAACUUAGAAGUGAUUAUGCAUUCUGAUCUAAGUGUGACCAAGUAUCGAGUCCAGGAAUAAAUUAAUGAAUUCUCCAUUGAAACAAAUACCUGAAAAAUCGAAUUGUUCAUCAAUUGGGGAAGUGGGUUUGCAAUGUUUCUUUACCAUUGUCAUCUAAGAUUGCUUGCAAUGCUUCUAUUUAUUUGUCCUGUAUGUAUGUAAUGUGACUAAACAAAAGAUGCCUAUGUAAGUUCUGCUACAUGUAUAUCUGAACAUUUAAGAAACCUUUCCAAAAGUUCAGAAUAUUUGCAAUAGAUGUACAACUUUAAACAUACUUGUGUGCCAUCUAUACUAUAAUUGAUGGAACUUGAGAGUCAAGAUUUAUGAAACCUUUUUGUUUGCCUAUAAAAUCAAUCCAAAGAUCUUUUACUUGUACGAAAAGUAUGAAACUUUCUCACACAAGACAUGUUAUAAAAUAAAAAUUACAAAAUCAUGAAAUUAAAUUAUAUACGAUUUUAUAAUUAAAUCAUAGAAUAGUCUGUAGAUUUUGUAUAGUACUGUCUCAGCGCUGUUAAAGAUGAAGAUUAGAGAUAUGUGCUGCUGUAUAUUUCAGAAUUAGUCCCAAGUCCCAAAAUCCUAAUGUUAGGAAUUUAUCAUUGUCAUUGAUAGGUGAUUUGUUUGAGAUUGAGAAAGAAUGAAAGGAAGACCUAAUGUAGGAUUUAUUCAUCGACUACAACAUAGAUAUACUGUAAUGUACAUGAGCAUUGUAACUGCAAGAUGGGUCAAAUGGACACCUAAGAAAGUAACUUAUACUUUAUAGGAUAACCUAUAGUGCCAGAAAUGACUUGUGGGAAGGUAGCUCUAUGUACUGUAAAGAUAGUCCAUUGUUUACCCCUAAUAGAAAUUAAUAAGAACCUCUAUUGUGCUCUAUUAUAUAACAAGUCACUGGGUAUUUUGUGAGUUUCUGAUGAAAAUCAGUAUUGUAGGUUAUACUGUUUGCAUAGUUAUGCAUUUUAUAUGUGCUUUAUUGAGCACUAGUGUCAUUAUUGGCCCAUUUUGUAUUCUGUCCUAAAUAUGUUGUUAUACACACUGUAAAGUUUGUUAUAUAUGUUUCAUUGUCAAGUUUAAAUAUUUUAUUUUGUAAAUGAAAUUGUAACUUAGUGAAGUAUCAGUUUCUGGUAAAUAAAUUAUAAAUUCCAAAAUGUA